CUUAAGCAAAUUAAAUCUUAAUCAUAAAUCAAUUUAUUCAUACAUUUCCCGUAAUAUUGGGUCUGUUCGCAGUGAGCAGUUUGUGACAGUCCACAACUCUUCCAAACUCAUUCUGAUUUGUUACACUGCGCAUGCGCCAUCUCAUGACAGUUUCCAACGGUUUGACAAGACGGUUUACAUCGAACGCGACGAAACUGCCGAGAGUUCAUUCGCAUGUCUUCGAACGAUGAGGAGGAGUUAGAUUUAUUAGAGUUUGUUCAAGUUACAAAAAAUGAAGAAUAUCUUGAAAAAGUGGUGCCAUUGUUUGAUGACAUACAAUUUCUCGAGCACUUCAGAAUAAGCAAAACAACGUGUUCUAAUAUAUCAGAAAUAUAUGAAGAUAGUAAAUAUUAUAACAAAAUUAAAUAUGGACCAUUCGGAAAAAUCUGUGCAUUUAAUCAGAUACUAAUAUUUUUAUGGUUUGCGGGACACCAAACAUCCAGCUACAGGGAUGUCAGUGAUCGUUUUAAUAUAACGUUAAGUACUUUACAUCGAAUAGUGCAAAGGGUUGCUUUCUUUUUAAGCAAUUUAUCCCCAAAAUUUAUUAAAUGGCCGAGUGAUGAGGAAAAGUUGGUGAUUGCCACAGAAUUUGCUAAAAAUGAUUUUCUAAAUGUAAUUGGUGCAAUUGACGGUUGCCACAUUCGAAUAGAUAAACCGAUAGAGGAUCCAAAUUCAUAUAUGAACCGAAAAGGAUUUUAUUCAAUUCAUAUUCAGGCAGUUUGUGAUGACCAAAAGAAAAUUAUAGAUGUGUGCAUUGGAAAUCCUGGUUCUGUUCAUGAUGCCAGAAUAUUUCGAAAAUCAAAAUUGGGCUCAAAUUUAAUUCAAAAAUGUGGACAUUUUAUUUUAUUAGGAGAUAAUGGCUACCCACUAAAUGCAAAUUUGAUGACACCUUAUAAAAAUACUCAUGGCCUUACAGUAAUUCAGAAAAAUUUUAAUAAAAAACUCAGCAGUAAUCGAAUUAAAAUUGAGCAUACAUUCGGCAUGCUAAAACAAAAGUUCAAACAACUAUAUCAUUUAAAACUAAGAAAUAUAACUCUUAUUUCUCACUUUAUAAGAGCUUGCUGCGUUCUAUAUAAUAUGAGUCUCACUGAUGAAUUUGAAUAUUUGCAAAUGGAAGAUGAAAAUAAUGAGACAUCAGAUGAUGUGGCAGAUUCUGAUCCUUAUUCAACAGAUGCUUCAAUAUUACGGGAUCAAAUUGCAGCUAAUUUACCAUUAUAGGCCUAAUUAGGCAACCCUACAUUAUUUAUUUAUUCAUUAAUUUAUUCAUA